CUCCCCCAACAUGGCGGCGGCGGUGGCGGCGUGAGGGCGGGAGGGCGGACGGACGGGCGCCGCACGGACCGACGGCCAACACCUCCGCCCGGAGGCCUCCGACUGUGUUGAAAAGAAGACCGGCUCACCUCUCUCCUGCAGAGAAGAAAACAGAGAAGGCUUACCAUGGGGAAAACCGUAAAUAAAGAUUCCAAGAAAGUUAAGAAAGAAAAGCAAGCAAAGAGUCAUCAGUCAAACAGUACUCCUGUGAAAAAUGAACACUUCAACUGGGACAGUUACUUGAAAGAGACUGGAUCUUUACCUGCUCCUCCACAGUGUUUCAGACAGUCCAAGACCCCACCUAGCAACGACUUCAAAGUCGGCAUGAAACUGGAAGCUCACGAUCCCCGCAAUGUCACUUCGGUGUGCAUUGCCACGGUAAUCGGAAUCACCGGUGCCCGCUUGCGGUUGAGGCUGGACGGGAGCGAUAAUAAAAACGACUUUUGGAGGCUAAUAGAUUCCUCAGACAUUCAGCCCGUUGGGACCUGUGAGAAGAAAGGGGGCAUGCUUCAACCUCCUCUCGGGUUCCAGAUGAAUGCGUCAUCUUGGCCAAUGUUCCUCUUGAGAACCCUAAAUGGGGCAGAAAUGGCACCAGCAACGUGCUUUAAGAAGGAACCUCCAAAGCCAGCCCCCAACCAUUUUAAAGCAGGGAUGAAACUUGAAGCAAUAGACAAAAAGAAUCCUUAUUUGAUCUGCCCAGCCACCAUUGGAGAUGUGAAAGGAGAUGAGGUUUUCGUUACAUUUGAUGGCUGGAGAGGAGCGUUCGAUUACUGGUGCAAGUACGAUUCCCGAGAUAUCUUCCCCGUCGGAUGGUGUAACUUGACGGGCGAUGCAUUACAGCCACCAGGAAGUAAUGUUUCCAUUACAAAGAGUAGUGCAAAAACACAGUCAUCCCCUUCCAAAGUGACCCGGCGUUCAAUGCAGUCUCCACAGAAAUCUGCCGCAACUUCAGCACAGCGGGGCAAGAAACCAGGCCGGAAUAAACCAACUGAACAGUCUUCAGCUCCCAAGAAGGAGACUGCCAAAACCGUCCCCCCGACCAAAAACACUGCUCAUACUGAAAAUCUGAAAACAAGAAAGAAAAGCCUUAAGCCAGGAAGAAAAAAAAAACUUUUUCCAGAGCAGUGUCCUCCGUCAACUCCUCCUGUCAACUUGCCUGAUGGAGAAAUUAGCAGUCCACAGAUUCUCAAAGAUGGAAUGGGAGUUUCCGGAAUAACUGCCUCAUUGAUAUCCACAGUUUGCGUCUACGUGAACAAGCACGGGAACUCCGGCCCUCAGCUGGAUAAGAAGAAGGUCCAGCAGCUGCCCGAUCAUUUUGGCCCCGGCCCCGUCAACGUGGUGUUAAAGCAGGCCGUUCAGGCCUGCGUAGACUGCUCCUACCAAGCCAAAACCGUGUUUGGAUUCCUCAAGCCGGGCCACCACGGAGGAGAAACGAUAACCGCCUCUUUCGACGGAGAGAAACAUGCCAUUAAUCUUCCUUCCGUGAACAGUGCGUCGUUUGUCCUGCGUUUCUUGGAGAAGCUCUGCCACAGCCUGCAGUGUGAUAACCUUUUUAGCAGCCAACCAUUCAGCCCAUACAUGGGGAACGCACACAGCCCCAGCGCUUACGACAGGAGCAGAUCAGCAAAGGAUGAAGUCCCAGAAAACCGAAGCAUCAAAAGAUAUUCUCAGGAUUCUCCCCCGUACACUGCUCCCCUCUCUCCUAAAACACCCCCAGAAUGGAAGCUCGCCCCGUCUGAAGCAGAAGCUCUACCAGCUGGAGAAAAUGGCACCCCCAAAGAGCACAGGUUUCCUGAGAAAUCUAUGGAUUCCGCCCUGAAUUCAUUAAACCCUCCGAGCCCCACGCGUCGAAACGCUUCGGAAUAUCGGACCUCCACGAGCGCUUCCUAUUUUAGAAAUUCUCUUCAGUCAGUGACUGCUACCUCAAACUCGGCACCCACCCUGCAUAAGCUGUCCUCGGGACCUGCCGGAAACCAUUACGGCGAAGUCAACCGGAGCCGGACGCAGAGGAGGAUCGAGGCUGCAAGUUCUACGACUGGACCCGACCUCAAUGUUGUGAGGCGUGAGUUCUCCAGAGUAUACCACAAGGACCCUUCCAGCUGGUCUGUAGAUGAAGUCAUGCGGUUUGUGAAGGAAGCUGAUCCUCUGGCGUUAGCACCGCAUGCCGAACUCUUCAGGCGACAUGAAAUUGAUGGAAAAGCACUACUUUUACUGAGGAGUGAUAUGAUAAAAUAUAUGGACUUGAAGUUGGGUCCAGCGUUAAAACUUUGCUACCACAUUGAAAGACUUAAACAAGGAAGUACUAGCCACUGGGAUGCUUAAGGAUUUUGGUGUUCUUACUGAACUUGUCUCUCAGGUUUUACAGAUGCUGUCUUUAUUUAAAAGUAUUUUGCUGUCUUACCCAGUCCUCAGUUGCAAAAGAUUCCUCCGAAAAUGUGAUGCAUCUGAUUAUUUACAGAAAAAACUUGGUCAGAGUCUAGCAUUUUAUAGCACGCGAGGCGUCUGGGUGUAUCUCCGCGUAUUCUUACAGGCAACGUUUUGGUUUCGCUUUUUGAACAAGCUCAUUCUGUCACCUUCAACCGACGUUCACGUUCAGAGCCAAAACAGCUGAAUUCCAAAGGGAGGAAAAAAGGAUCAGAUGUCCGACAGCUUUUAUAAUGGUGGCCAUAGCAGUUAAAAAGCAGCAGCAGUUUCCGUCUCCUUAGCGGGUAUUGUAUUAGUCUGGACUCCAGGGCAAAUAUUGUUCAAUUAGGUUGUGCUCUCCAGAUUGCCAGAUAGCAAUAGCCACAAGGAUUCCGUUUAUUUAUGGUGGGUUGUUUUUUUAAUACUUUUUGAAAAACAAAAUACAACUUUUUAAAAAUGUUGUUAUUAGAUUUUGGUUUUUUUUAAUUUAAUUAAAUUACGGGCAAGGAGAAACUUAGAGUGAUCGGUUUUUGAAGGCAAUAAUUGAAUUGAUUUGAGGGAUUUUUUUAGGUGGUUUCAAUCAACUGUUCAAGUGUUGGAAGUCAUCAGAAUGUUCUUAAAAUAGAAUAGUUAUCCCAUUUACCAUUAAAACAUUCCAUCCCCUUUGCUAUACUUGGGCAUGUGUGUUAUAUAUAUAUAUUUAUACACACAUUCACCUCUCACACGCCCACAUACAGAUAUAGGUAUGUCUGUGUGAUUUUUUUUUUUUUAUUGUUGUUUAAAUUUAUAUUUUGCCGUACCGUAUCUGUGAGCUUCUAUAGAUACUGUACCAUAUUUAUAUUUUAUCUGUAUAUCUAUAGUUAUAUACCUACAAGUAAAAUCUUUUGUUUCUUACUGUUUAAAAUGGUACUUUGCACUGCCCCAGAGGUAACGAUGAACUUAUAUAUAGUCUAUUUUUUUUUACUCUUUAAAAACUGUACAUUAUGCCAUGUUUAUCAGAACCUCUCCACUUAACUUUCCUCCAUGGGGGUGGGGGGCAGAUAAGGAGCAAUUAGUAAAUUGGUAUUCAAACAGGAAGAGUCCCUGUUCUAUGCAAUACUUCUAGUUAAUUUAAUUGUUUAGUUCUGAGCCAUUUAUCCUGCAAUGUGUCACGGAAAUAUGCAUUGCUUCUGAUGUGGGACUUCAUUUUUUUGGCUUUAAUUUAAAGAUGACACUUUCAUAGAGAAGUGGUGCUUACAUAUUCAUUUUUGAUACUCUGCG